UGAAGUGAGUACUCUACGAGGCUCAGUAAAGCACAUGAUCUGAGAUCUUCUGCAGUUUGUAGGUAAAAACGUCAGUUGAAUCUUACUUGUCAGAAUGCAAAAGGAAUGCGCAUUCAACCGAGUUAUGACGUCAGUGAGAAUUAUCUGAAAAUCGGUGUAAAUGAAAAACAACUAAUAAUUAUAUAUAACGAAGCUAUUAAUACUCUAUGAACUUUGAUAUUUGUAUCGCUACUUUUAUAUUAUGGAAGUAAGAUGCAAGCAUUGCUGUAAAUCGCUCUUUAAGGGUGACUCUAUCUUGUUUAAUAUGCAUCAUGAGCUAAAACAACAAACAACGGACGUAGGAUGCCAAGCAGAUGAAUCCGAUUGCUGCUCAUAUAUGAUUCCCGAGAAUGCACCAGAUUGGAUUAUGAAUGCUAUCAAUCAAGAAUCUUGGACAAAGGGAAAAUUACAUUGUCCAUACUGCAAUAGUCGUUUAGGAUCUUUCAACUUUGUGAACGAGCUCAAAUGUUGCUGCGACAAAUAUGUGAGGCCACCCAUAAGGAUAGUUAACUCUAAAGUAGAUAUAUUAUGUGAAAGUUUAAGAUAAUAAGC